ACUCUUUUACCGAUUAGGCAUAUUUUAGAUUUAUAGAAAAAUUCUUCGAAUAGUUGAUAAUUUAAGUAUUCGUUUUUGAUUUUACUGGACCUUGAUUUUGGGCCAAACCUCAAGCACCAAAUCGUUCCUCGGGUUUCCCUAAAGCUCUCACUGAGUCUAUGGUUAGUGGCGGUACGGUUAGCUGAAACAGCACAGUAUUGAACUCUUGUUUCUAAGCUAGAAAUGGGAACCAGAGGAGUUAUUGGAGAUAAAUGGGCCAUGAGGAUUCUCUGGACCUGUGCCAUUGGAAGUGCAAUCAGUCUGUAUAUGGUUGCUGUAGAGAGACAAAUGCAGAACAGAGACCGAAUGUUGGCUGAAAGUGUAAAAGCAGCUGAAGCAGAAGGCGCUGGAGAUGAAGUUUAAAUGUGAGUGAACUUUUCAUGACUUUAUUAAAGAAAUACCCCAAUAUUUCCAACUGGGGACUUUCUUCUUGUAAUUUUUCUUUUCGGAAUUCACAAGGGAAAAAUUCAGGAUGAAUGUUCCCUAACAAAUUUGUCCACUAGAACCAUCGUACUCCAGAUGGUUUACAGUUAAAACUUCAAAAAGUCUUUGUUAAUUUUCUUGAAAUAUUACAUUAGAAUAAAUCCAUGUGAGGAAAUAGGUGAGAAGUUUAGAGCAGUUGGCAUCAUCAUUCACUCACCUUGAACAUAAAAGAAGUCCAUAAAUCACUCCUCACAGAAACUCCAUGAUCCUGGAUUCCUGCCAGGAACCAUGACAAAGAGUUUUGUGCAUGGCUCUUAUUCUCUCUCUCUUUGGAACAUUGUGAAAUCUAUUUAUAGCCCCAAAAAAAUUACAUUCAGAACUACACAAAGCAGCAAACUGGCAAAAAAUGGCUCCAUCACAAAAAUUUGCCUCCACAUGUUUCUUCUUCUUACUAUGCUUAAGCUUCGGCUUUGCUCACAGAGCUCUCUUGAAUGAUGAACUAAAAGUUGGUAGUGUCAUCAAUAAUGAUAAAGAAAAAAUAGAUAGUGUUGAUGUCUCCAUUGAGAAAGCAGUUGGAGUUGGGUCAGGAUAUGGUGUCGGAUCUGGUUCUGGUGGAACCGGAUUUGGUUCAGGAACUGGCACUGGUACAGGUACAGGUACAGGUACUGGUACUGGUUUUGGAUCAGGCACAGGCACUGGCACUGGUACUGGUACAGGUUAUGGAACAGGUACAGGUUCUGGCACAGGAACUGGUACCGGCACAGGCACAGGUUAUGGCAUCGGUACUGGUACUGGCACUGGCACAGGCACAGGUUAUGGCACUGGCACUGGCACUGGCACUGGUAUUAAUACAGGCUGCCCCCACGAAAAUAAUUGUGGAGGCUGCCAACAUGAUAACAAUUGUCCCAUUCCCAUUCCGCAAAUCCCUAUUCCUAAUAUCCCUAUCCCUAUUCCUGUUCCUGUUCCUGUUCCUGUUCCCGUUCCUAUCCCUAAUCCUAUACCAGUUCCCGGCCCUGUACCUGAUAUACCUUUCCCAACUCCUGAACCCGUUCAUAUCCCAGUUCCACCGCCACCACAGUGUGUCCCACCACCACCACCCCCUUGCUCUGACUGCUGCCCUUCUUGCUAAUCAGACUCAGCCCAGCCUGAGGAUGGAUCCCAGAAGUAGGAACAUUUUCUAUGAUUCAAUACUGAAAUUUAAUAAUUUCAUUUUCUCAAAUUUUACCACCAAUUCGAUGUAAUGAAACAAUUACUCUGAAUAAAAAUUAUAUAUAUCAAUUA